GAAAGUAGAUGUGUGGAGACAACCUGCUCGCGCGUAAUUCUGGGAGGACUCUCCGCCGAGCAACGACACAAUAAACACUCACCGAGCCGUGAGAGUUUCCCCCGGUGGAGUAACAAUCAGCACUUGAAUCACGUCACACCACCCAGCCAGCAGCAAUCUGCAGCCAUGUAUCUGAACAGGGAGGAGGAGAACAGCAAAGGCUCCGUCUCUUUGAGCGUGCUGCUGGUGUCGUUGGCUGUAACGGUGUGUGGAGUUUGGCUGGUGGCUCUCUGCGGCGUCUGCGGAUGGUGUCAACGCAAGCUGGGGAAGAGGAAUAAACCAGGAGUGGAGUCCGUCAGUUCUCCCGAUUCAGGAAGAGGAAGAGGAGAGAAAAAAGCCAUCAAUAGGAACAUGGGGAAUAAGCCAGCUAACAGUCCUAAGGGUCAGCCGCCAGACGCCGACGGCCAUUCCUCAGUGUCUGACCUUGCCAACUCGCUCACUGGAGACAUGGUGAUGUUGUCUCCGGGGUCGGAAGACGAUGAUCACGAAGGUCCAGUGAGCGAGAAACUGGGCAGGAUUCAGUUCAGCUUGGGCUACAGCUUCCAAGACACGACUCUGACGGUGAAGAUACUCAAAGGUCAAGACCUGCCCGCUAAAGACUUCUCUGGGACGUCCGACCCCUUCGUCAAGAUCUACCUACUUCCCGACAGAAAGCACAAACUAGAGACCAAAAUCAAGAGGAAAAAUCUCAACCCUCACUGGAACGAAACCUUUCUGUUUGAAGGAUUCCCGUACGAGAAGGUACGGGAGAGGACGCUGUAUCUGCAGGUGCUGGAUUACGAUCGAUUCAGUCGUAACGAUCCGAUCGGAGAAGUCUCGAUUCCUCUGAAUAAAGUGGAGCUCGGCCAGCUGAAGACGUUCUGGAAGGAUCUCAAACCCUGCAGUGACGGCAGCGGAAGUCGUGGAGAUCUGCUGUUGUCUCUCUGUUAUAACCCCACUGCCAACACCAUCACUGUUAACAUCAUAAAAGCUCGCAACCUCAAAGCCAUGGACAUCGGGGGCACCUCAGACCCGUAUGUAAAAGUAUGGCUAAUGCACAAAGACAAGCGAGUGGAGAAGAAGAAGACAGUGACCAUCAAACGCUGCCUGAACCCCGUUUUUAACGAAUCCUUCCCUUUUGAUGUGCCCGCACAUGUUCUCCGAGAGACGACCAUCAUCAUCACCGUCAUGGAUAAGGAUCGACUGAGCCGCAACGAUGUCAUUGGAAAGAUCUACUUGUCAUGGAAGAGCGGUCCUGCUGAGGUCAAACACUGGAAGGACAUGUUGAGCCGGCCGCGCACAAAUGUGGCGCAGUGGCACGCCCUCAAAGCCUGAUUCGCCCUCUCCAUUUCCAAUUUUUGCCCCCUGAACCCCAUUUGAUAUUUGACCCAAAACCCCGUCCUUAUGCACAAGACAAACUUGCUGCCAGGCGGCACAACACGGGUACUUUUAGCCAUCAACUCUUGUAACCUUUAACCUUUGAGCGUCUCUCUCCUCCACUUUGGGCUUUACUCUGGUAACGUUGUACAAAUCCUGCUUGUUCACUAAUUACGCCAACGGUUUUUUUGCGCAUUAGCAUCCGCUCUGGACUCUGGGAUAGUCGCGGAAUCCAACAAAGCCAUUUAAAGAUGCUCUGAAAGCAUUCGCGCUGCAACUACACGUUACCAGGAUGUUGUUUCCUUCCUGUUUAGAUUUUUCCCUAGUGUUCCUCAGGCUGGAGAGGUCUGACAUCUUUGGGAUGUGUGAAGGCUUCACCUCGGCCCAAACCCUCAUCUCAUACAACCAACCCUGCGUCUAGACCCAGAGGCUCAUGGGAGCUCAUUGGCAGCCUUUAAAUUGGCCACUGCUGAAACAGAUCGAGUCGCAGGAACUCUUGGAGAUGUAUUUUUCCAGGUCUCAGACGUCCCAUGUGAGUCCAACAGCCCCGGAGGGCCGCGGUAAUUAAAGCCAUGAGGGGAAACGAGACGCCCUCUUUCCAUUAGCAGCCUCUCGUUCCUUUUAGUCUCCAUUUAUAGUUGUUUUUCUCACAAUCCCUGACCUCUCCAAGCCAUUUUCCACAUCUAUCCCACUUGACCUGAUUUUCUGUACCUUCGUUCCUUCUCUCUUUCCGAUUGGUUCAGCUGAAACCCGUAGACAUUGAAAACCUUAUGCCAUCUGGAGACUUACAGACAGCAAAUGGACUUCAUCCUCGUCCUUUUUGCUUUUUUCUCUCUGUGGUUUCUCUUUAUUGCUGGCACAAUAGUAGUGAAGUCCCUCUUUUUCUCGGGAUCCCUUGUCGUCCGUGUGCUGUGAGUGAUGUGUUGUAGAUCCAACCGAAAUAUCGUUAAAAAACAUUAACCACCAGGGCGGAAAAUAAAACUACUUUCUCAAAGAAGCGUUCCAGGUUUUCUGGGACUUUUGGAUGGAAUCCUGAUGGAAGAAAAAAAACACUCGAUGUCAUCUUUUUUUCAUCAACAGGACCUUUAAAGAAACCAAUCAGAAUUGUUCUUCCAGAUUUGCUGUGAAAUAUAGAAGAAAAGUUGAUUUAGCGUCGCGUGCGCCGGAUAGUUCUCGCCACACUUUGCUCUAGUGACAUGUUUCUUUGUCCAUGUGUGUUUGUGUUCUGAUAGGGGCUCAUCCUUUACAGAAACCCUCCAGUUAAUGGGUAAAAACCUGUCUUUGCCCGCGUAGGUGUGCGUAUGAGACUGUUUCAGGAGGUAGAUGGGGUUGAAUCUCACCGAAACAUGACCUGGUCACAUUUUAUUCCAGAAAUCAAAAGAAAAAAAUACUAAAUGAUAAUUUGAAUAAAGAAAAUGAAGACUGAUUGUAAGCACAAUUA